AUGUCAGAAUCUACAGCAAGAGGUAGCGGUGUCGAUUUGGCGUCAGAAGCAGGUCAGCAAGCCGAGCAAUCGGUCGUGGUCACGCCAAACAGCAGGGAUUUGCCGACGGAGCUCGAAGACCACUCCAACGGCAGAUACGGUUCACAGGACGCAACAGGCCACUUUGGGGAGCGCAGACGAAGCAAAGCAUCCCGCGCUUGCGAUCAAUGUCGUGAGAAGAAGACCAAGUGCGAUUUCGGCGAUGGCCCAAACACCACGGUGUGCUCUGCGUGCAAAAAGCUUGGCAAAACGUGCACGUUUGCACGCGUUCCCAUGAAACGUGGGCCAACGAAAGGUUACAACCGCCAAGUUGAAGGUGGAGAAUCUGCUGAUGCAAACCGGUCGGUGUCCCGUAAAAGAAGUUGUUCCGAAACGUUUCAAGAAGACCCCGGGAGAAACAGGAUUGACCUGGUGCCGCUGCCACCGUUAAACCAGUAUCUACCGUCUUCAUCUUCCGGAGCGCAACAAACUUCGCAGGGCAUCUUAGUUCCGGGUACGCACCAACAGCACCCACAAAACCAACAUCAGCAACAGUUUUGGAAGGUUCCUUACCACGAGUACCAGUACCAAAGACGGGAAUCGAUAGACUCGCUCGCAAGUGACACAUCCAACAGACGCGGCUCAGAACAGUACCCGUAUGCGGCUUCCAACGCAUCUUCAUCGUCACCUUUUUACCCAAUGCCGCAACCACCCAACGCGCCGCAUAUCGACCCUGAACAUCGCGACUCAAGAACCGCAUUGAACCUACCAGAGCUGCAGCGAGCUCCAUCCAUUCAAUCGAAUUCAUCCCAGUAUCCAUAUUCCCAGGCCAACGGCAUGUCGCAGCAGAAACCAUCGCAACAGCCUUUUAUUUCAAUGGGGCCUCACUCACAGCAGGCACCUAUCAAUUACAACCAACACUUUAAGGAAUUCGAUUCAGAAUUCCACUCGCGUAAAAAUAGUGAUGUUAGUGUUGCGAUUUCGCCUAGUUCAUCGAUUAGGAUAGCGCCUGGAAAGGCGUCAGCGGUCAAUUCGAAUGGGCGUGACGAGACUCUCAACAACAACAACAACAACAAAAACGCCAGCCAGGUCCAUUCGAACAGCGAGAACGGUUUGCGACAAAUGAACACAGAUACGAGUAUGAGCAGAGUACCUUCUCGCACGCACAAGAGCUCCAUGAGACGUUCGACGUCCAACACUAAGAGAAGCACUUCUCAAGGGUCCAUUGAGUCUCACGACUCUAAUAGUCAUUCAAUUGUCGUUUACGGCAAAAUUCCGGACAGUCAAUUGAUAGAUCUUUAUUACGAGUUCAUUCAUCCUUCUUUCCCUGUCAUCCCAAUUAACAAACACACUUUAACUAACGAGAUUCUAGUAAUCAACACGCAGCCAGUCAGUCACAUCCACGAGCUCAAUUGCUAUGUCCUGCAAUGGUUUAGAAACUCGUUAGAACUACUAGUGCGCGUGGCAUUGAAAAAGCCGUCCGGUUCAGUAUAUGACUACAGCGACGGUGUUGUGGAUGUGUUUGAUUCACAGACCACAUUCAUCGCCGCAUUGAAUGAAAGUUUUCAGAGAAUAGUGGACAUGCAUCCGAGGCUGCGAGAAAACGAAAAGGUUUUGUCCCAAAAAGUCAAGUUUAUUUACCUUGCCACUUUCAUUAUCUUGAACUAUGUCUUGGCAUUUGUGGGGUACGACAACUCGUUUGUUCUGGGUAUGUCAGUGACGAUUUACAAUGAAUUGAAACUGUAUCGCUACUUGAUCUGCGACCGGGAUGACGAGGAGAAGGAGCAGGAGGAGGGGCGAGACGAAGAAGACAACGAUAAAGAGGAAGAAGAGGAAGAAGAGGAAGAAGAAGAAGAAAAAGAAGGGCACAGGGCCAACAAAAGUGUUGAUGGGCAAAAGGAGCCCAUGGUUUCAGGCGAGAAGGGAUUCGAGAUUUUGUUCAAGCGAAUGUAUGGCCUGCUAGUGGUUUUCGAUUCGUUGCAAAGCUGCACGUUCGGGGUUCCAAAGCUGAUAAGUAUUCCGCUGGAAGACCUGAUAGAAGAGACAUUUGCGUACAGCUCUGACAAGUGGAGCUUAAUAUGCGACAAAUCAAGAUUCGACAGCAUCCAGCAGAGUCUGCGUCUGGGCGACGUGAUGUCACGGAUGGCCAUGGGCCGCAAAAGCAUUUACAGUGGGCCCUUUGCGGGCUGGCCUGCACUAGAAUCCAACGCCAAGAUCGAGGAUUUGGCGGCGUGGCAAUUCGGACAGUUACUGAUGGAGAAUCAUAAUCUGGUGAAACGGUAUUUGGAGCUGCGCGAAUCGAAUGAGGAUUGUAUUCCGGAGCUGUGCUUUGCGAUAUGUCGCCUCGUCACCACUAUGCAACGUCUACUGACCACGAUCAUGAGAACGAAUCCCACGAACAGCAUCGAUCCCAACAAUAGGCCUCCACCACAAACCCAACAGCCGGGCCAAUACGCACACAACGCGCAUUCGAACCCGCAUCCACAGCCGGUUGCGCUGCAUUCCGAAACGACUACGGACUCUGAAAUGUACAAGAAACUACUGGGGCUCAACGACAGCGCUGGCGUUGAUUUUUCGCAGGGUACCGUCUCACCGUUUGUGGUUUCCAUGGUGGCAUAUGUGUCGAACGUGCUGGAGUUGGUUAAAAAUGUGCCCACUAUGCUGAUCGCGCUGGUCGUGCAGCGACUUCCGUUACAUGCGGAAUCCCAACAAAUUGUCUUGGCGCUGUCGCACGCCAUGAGCGAGCUGGUGCAAAUUACGAGCCUAUUGUCGGUGUUGAAACCUUACAAGAUGUUUGAACACACGCCUCGAGCGCAGCGCGCGAUGUCCAAGACGCUGGCGCGACGACUACACUUCAAGUAUGGCCGGGGAGACUGUGGUCGGGAGGACCUGCCCGAACGGGAGAAUAAAAGAGCCGAGGUCACGGGGGUGCUUGCUUCGCUUUCCGAUACCGUUUGGGGACUAUUUGCCGCCCAGGAGCUGGGCUGGCUGGCGUGA